AUGCGCCCCGGCCUUCCGCGACGAUGUCUGUUCGCAGCAUCAAGCGUCCGAUCCUACGCUAGUCAAACACCAGGCAACCCCAUGCUUGAGAUAUUCAAUCGCAAGACAAAGCAUUUACAGAAGGACCGAGCUGCGCGGAACGUUGAGGAGAGCCGAAAAGUCGAUUACUUGAAAGAUGAGGUGGCAAUGCGCUUAUGCGAACGGUUGCUGGACAUCAAGCGUGAUUUUCCAAAUGUCCUUGAUCUUGGCGCAAACAGCUGCAACAUUGCGCGGAUGUUGACGACACCCUACAUCGACGAAGGGACACCCGAGGGUAUAAUUACACCACCCCUGUCAUCAAAAAUCUCCAAACUCACAUGCGCGGAUACAUCACGAGCGUUACUUCACCGAGAUGAGGAUAUGGACUUCAAUAAGGAGAUCGACAUCCACCGCGACGUGAUUCCGGACUUGGAGACAUUGCCAUACCAGCCAAACACAUUCGAUGCAGUACUGUCCUCGCUAUCAAUUCACUGGAUCAAUGAUCUGCCAGGACUGCUUAACCAAGUGAACACUAUACUCAAGCCGGAUGCUCCUUUUAUUUGUGCUAUGUUUGGCGGUGACACCCUGUUCGAGCUUCGGGGAUCGAUGCAGCUUGCUGAUCUCGAACGACGCGGUGGUGUGAGUCCCCAUGUGUCUCCACUUGCAGAUGUGAAGGAUGUUGGAAGUUUGUUGAACCGCGCUGGUUUCAAGAUGCUUACGGUGGAUGUUGAGGAUAUCGUGGUGGAGUUCCCGGAUACAUUUGCUCUCAUGCAAGAUCUCCAGGCUAUGGGUGAAAGCAAUGCUAUUAUGCACCGUGAGGCUGGUCCCAUCUCCCGGGAUGUCUUGUUGGCUAAUGAGGCUAUCUACCGUACCUUGCAUAUGGAUGAGGAUGCUCCCGGUAUCCCUGCUACUUUCCGAAUGAUCUAUAUGAUUGGCUGGAAAGAGGGUAAGAACCAACCGCAGCCAUUGCAGCGCGGUAGUGGUGAUGUCAAUCUCAAAGAUAUCCUUGGAGGAGGUGAUUUUUCAAAGCCUUGA